UGAUUUUGGUUCAUGAUCUUAGAGUAAAUCGAAAGUUUGGAGGCGCAACAACAGAUAUAAUAUUCGGGAGUCUCAAUGAUUUCCAACGCUGGGGGCUAACGUCGUCACUUGAUAUUUUUCGGGAGACGAAUCCGGGUGUUGAAACACCCGUGAAUCACUUGUGCAAUCAUGCGCAACUUUGUGGCAUUAACAAUAUUACUUGUGAGCACAUUAUACCAAGCUCACACACAAGACUACGUCACAAACAAUGGAGAAAGUAGAGAAAGUGAGGCGGAUGUUGAAAAUAUCUGGGCUUUAUCGAGACGAUCUCUGAAAAUAGAUUCUGCUGAACUGUCAUCCCCAGGAUCAGGGUCCAAUGAAAAUAUUGAUUUUGAAAGUCACUACAGUAAAGUAUCUGGUCGACCAGGUAUUCAAAGGUUUGCAAGGUAUCGAAUCAUACGUCCACAUCAACAACAAGCACAAACGCAACAGCGAACUCAGUCCAAUAAUAAUAAUCCAAGCUACGCCACAGGAGCUGUGCAAUAUUCCAACUUUGAACGGGAUGGCUCUGAACUAGCCGAUUAUGAUUUCGACGCUACAGCUACGUACAACAGUGAUGAUGAUGACGAUGCAUUGGAAGAUGACCGAGACUUCCGACAUGGUAAAGGCGAUAAGAAGAAGAAAAAGAAGAAAAAGAAGAAGAAGAAGGGGGGAGAUGAUUCUGAUGAAAAGAAAGAUUUGUCAAAACUCAUCCCUCCAUUUUGGCUGGGCAAACCUCGCCCGGGUUGGGGCACAGGUCAUGUAGAACAGGUCGGUUGGAUCAUAAACAAUCAAGCGAAUCAGGGAAGUGGUUGGGGGAUCUGGCCUGGAGGGUCGGACUCGCCAAUCGGACAAAAUACGGGUGGACUGAAAUGGGUUGAGGGGAAGGGAUGGACAGGAAGUGUGGGAGCACCAUGGAGGCAAAAUACCCACGAUUGGGGUCCUGGAUACGGGUGGAUGCCAAAGGAGGAGGAAGGCAAAAAGGGCAAAAAAGGAAAGAAGAAGGGUAAGAAAGGUAAAAAAGACAAGAAGGGCAAGAAAGAUAAGAAGGGUAAGAAGAAGAAGAAAAAUAAGAAGAAAAAGAAGAAGAAGGGCCAGGAGGAGGACCCCUGCAAGGGUCGACGAGGAAUGAUGAGGGAAGGAAGAGGAAAAAAAGAUAAGAAAAACAAGAAAGAUAAGAAGAACAAGGGAGGUAAAGAUAGCGGAGGAGAUGGAUGGGGCAAGGACCCCUGCGGUCCAGACCCAUGGUUUGGAUGGCCACAAAAAGUUAAAUUCGUCCCCCCACCUCCACGCGGCUCACAAAUUUGGCUCAAGCAGGGAUGGGCACCAAAACCACUCAAGUCUGGAUGGUCCGACUAUCAUGGUUGGAAUUGGAAAUCGAAACUAACAAGCGGGUGGGGUGUUUCUGACCUCAUUGGAGUUGUGCAUUUGUAAUUAAGCAAUUAAGGUUUGCAUGCAUUAUUGUUCUCAUCAAACUAUAUAAAAAGAGGGGUAUAAUGUGUAUGCAUAUGUGUGUUAAAGUUGGUUUGAAUAAAAUAUGUUAAAGAAGAAUGGAU